AUGGGAUCACCCCGAAACCGCACUUCGAUAGACGCAGGAUGUGUUUGCGGCGAAAAAGGCACUGACUACUGUUCGGGUUGUGAUGGACCACGUGCCGUGAGACCCAAACAUCGGCAUUUCGAAAGCAAAGAAUUAAAUGUGGCACCGAUCGGUGAUAAAUGUUGGUGUACGAAAAAAUUAAUCGAACCAGCCGUGUUGCCGAAAAUCAAAGCGGUGCAAAAGAAGACGCUUUGCAGCUGUAAAGAAUCAUCAUCCAGUUCUUAUUCUGGACCAACAAUAUUUUCCUCCAGCUCGUCCAGUUUAUAUAACGUGCCACAAACCAGUUAUGUAUCCUCCUCCUCCUAUAAAGACGAUUCACCUCCCGCCGAUCCAAUAAGCGUCAGCCUUGCCAUACAAGCUGGCAAAGCCAUAGAAGUUCCCGAAGCAAAAUUAGCCUAUGGCUUCGUACAAAAACCCAUCGAUGGUCUACCAAAAAUCUAUAUUUCGUCGGUAAAUGAAGAAAAUCUCUAUGCCCUGAAUAGUGAAGUUAUAACGCUGAAGAAAAAGGUGCCCCUUUCAAAUGCUAAACACAUCGAAGAUGAAUAUCCCGAGGUGGAAGAUGAAGAGUCGGGUAACGCAGAUGCAGAAGAUGAGGAUGAUCAACCCCGAUUGACAUAUAAACAAUUGGGUUAUGUUGCGGAAGAAUAUAAAAAUCCAACAUUUGAAGAGGUUCGUUCGUCGUAUGUCUCUUCGUCGAAUAGUGCAAGUGAGCGACAUAUUGUACGGGGUAAAGUUUCGGUGGAUUGUGGUUAUAAACCGGGUCGCAUAGCACCAUAUCGUAAAGCAAAGCAUGGACAUUUAGGAAAAUGUGAUGAUGAAUAUUGA